AAUCAUUGGCAUUUCAUGUCAGUUGUCACUUCAUGUUUUAGAAACAUUCAUUUCAAAAUUUGUUCGUCUUGGAAUGUAGUGUGUGAAAUUAGUGUUUCCAGUUUAUUUUACUUUAAGCGAUUGAUUACACAGCGUGCAUAUUCGAAAUUACUCAGCAAGAAGCAAUAACUAACUUAGUUUUUUCCAAAUUCAGCCGGGAAAAAGUGAAAAAAACAGUUUCAAAGGUUGCUUAAUAUCUGUGUGAAAUACCCAUAUUUUUAUCUCCAGCUCCAGUCAGUAUUUUCUUCUGAUAACAAUGGAUUGUCCGCUUUGCGAUAUAAAUGAGGAAUGUGAUGAUGAACAUUCACAAAGUGCCUUACAUAGAUUUAACUAUGCUCUGCAUGAUUUUAACCAAUCCAAAACCCACCUAGCGGGUAACCGUCAUGGAAUUCAGAUUGACGUAGAAGUUAUACCUUUAAAUGGAUUUAAAUAUGAUAUGGCAUACAAUCGUAACAAAAGGAACUAUUACUUACAGAUGAAUCCUGAAAGGUUCGAGAAACACAAUUACCAGCUGAAAUUUUCUUGUAAAAUUAAAAAUGUAAGAACCAAACACGACGAUCCUUUGAUACUAGUUUACUAUGACGUUUUGUAUCCCUCCGAGAAUUUUACCAUGUACGAUCCUAACGAGAAUCCAGGGUUUAAGAAAGAACUUCUACCAGGCGCUGCAUACACCACUGAAGUUCAUUUGAAUCUCGACGCUAGUCACGUGAGCAAUUACAAAAUACCGGUGUAUUUCACUUUUCAAACAAAAUCCACUGAAAAAGAAAAAAUGAAAUCUUUUAGCAUUUCUAGAUGCAUUAUAGUGGCUAUCCACGACGAACUAAUCAUGCAUCAGGAAAUUCUUGAAGCAAGCCCUUUCACUCAUCAGAAGUGGGAAAAAUGUACGGUAAUUCCUCCUAGGAAAAAUUUUCGAAUGCCAGACACUUGGCCAAUUCCGCCGAAAUAUUACUGGACAUUAUUUUGGGGCUUGAAGAAGGAUUUUGGAACUGGCAUUUUGCAGGAAAUUCAAAGGAAAUUGGAACCCGGGUAUGUUACGCCAGAAAAUUAUGCUGAAUUUUUCCACAUUUUACUGUGGCUGGAGGAAAUGUGCGUUGCCGUUGGUUUAAGCUGUUACAACAUGGAAAAUGUGAAAUUAAGAUACAAAGCUGGCGAUGUUCUGGAACUGUUUGUUCCAGGAUUGGCCGAAAAGAGACCUUCGGUCGUUAAAGGUGAUUUAAUUGAAAUUAAGGCUCACGGUGAUCACACGUCUUAUCAGGGAAUAAUACAGCGUUUGGCCGAUAGAUCUGUAGAUAUAUUCUUUCUGGAUCAUGAUAUCAUCGAUCAGAUCAAGAGGAACCCCGAUCUUGAGAUGGACGUGCGGUUCAUUUUGGGCCGAAUUCAUUUCGAGAGAAUGCACGCUGGAGUAGAGCAAGUGGUCGAGAAUCAAUACGUCAAUUCUUUAUUCCCGGAUAAAGCGUUAGCUGCCAAACCGGCUAAGCUGGCCUAUAACUUAACUGAAGCAGAAUUAUUUAACAAACAAAUAUAUAAUAAUAAUGAACAAAGAACCGCUGUGAUAAAUAUACUAAAUAAUACCUCAAAAGGUGCUCCUUACAUAGUAUAUGGUCCACCGGGUACAGGUAAAACUGUGACCCUUGUCGAAGCCAUCUAUCAGAUAAAGCGUCUAACUAACUAUAAAAUAAUGGUAUGUGCUCCGUCCAAUGCGGCAUGUAAUAUGCUGACAGAAAGAUUAGCGGAGUUUUGUAAGACCAACGAGAUGAGAAGGGUGAUGUCGGAAAAUUCUGAUCUAGCAUCUGUUCACGAGAAUAUAGCACCGUUUUGUAAUAUAGUCAUAGAUGAAGAUGGAAACAAGGAAGUAGUUCCCUUUCGCGACAGCGAACUUAAAAAAUACAAAAUUAUUGUAUCAACUUUAGUGCGUGCUGGAAAAUAUAACAGGAUACACCAUCCUGACGUGGUGUUUAUCGAUGAGGCUGCUCAAGCUCGAGAGCCUGAGGCUUGUUGCGCCAUUGCUCUCUUAAAGAAAGGCAAACAACUGAUCCUUGCCGGUGACCCGAAGCAAUUGGGCCCUGUAAUACAUUCGGAUCUGUGCAAAGAAUACAAAUAUGAUGUAUCAAUAUUGGAACGAAUGAUGGAAUUCCCCAUUUACCAGAACAACACCAAUUAUUUGUCUAUGUUGAAACUAAAUUUCAGGUCUCACCCUGAUAUAUUGAGUUUCUCAAAUAAAUUUUUCUACGAUAAUCAUUUGAAGCCAGUGUCUCGGCAAGCGCUGAACGAUCCUUUGAGCAAAAUGAGCAUCUACGAAUACAUUGUACACGAGAAGAAGGUUGGAAUCUAUGGUGGCUCUGCAGUGGAAUUUUGCGCCGUUCUUGCCAAAGAACAGAGAGAAGGCAGGUCUCCUAGCUAUUUCAACGAACGAGAAAUCCUGUUGGUGCUGAAAUUCGUCCAAGCUUUAGUUUCACUCAAGUUCGACAAGUCCGAACACAGGGUAAAUCCCGAUGAAAUUGGAGUAGUAACACCUUAUAUCAGACAGGUGUACAAAAUUCGAGAUACUCUAGCUCGUCACGGUUUUGAUCAAAUCGACGUGGGAACCACAGAAGCCUUCCAAGGCAGAGAGAAACGCGUCAUAAUAAUGUCAACCGUACGAGCGCAAGAAGAUCUGCUUUUGGUUGAUAAAAAGUACAAACUGGGUUUCGUCAAAGAUGAUAAGAGGUUUAAUGUGGCUGUGACAAGAGCCAAAUCCAAGCUGAUAUUAAUAGGCAACCCGAACGUGCUGAGCACCGACAAAAAGUUCAGGGAAGUCAUCAGGUACACAAGAAGCGAAAAUACUUGUUGUGGUGCCCCGUUCAAGGACAGAACUAACAAAGUACGCGACGAUAUCGUCAGCAAAAUGCAAAAUCUCAAGUUGAGAGACAGCAAACCGCCUUCAAAUUAAGAAUAGCUAUCUAUAUAGUUUGCCAAAAAGUUUGUUACAAAUCGGAUUUUUUUUUAUUAUCGAGUUAUCUCUACUAAAAGUCAUAAUCUCCAAAUACCAAUGUGUCUUUUGAUAUCAUAAAGACUAUUGUCUAGGUCAUGUUUCCGAUCUUAGCCCUAACAAUAACAUUAGGCCUCAUCUCAAGAAUAUGAGCAAGACAUCGAUCUUAACAUUAGCCUUACUUCUAACACAAUAGGAAAGAAUUUUAACUUUCAAGAAAAAAAAUAAACGGUUUACACUUUUGAAAAUUGGAAGAAAUAUUCUAUAUGACUUUUUACAUAGAUAAAAAGGAAACAAGUUUAGAUUGGAAAGUGCCCAUAAGGACAGUGUAAAUACUAUUUGGCGUACAACGGUCGCUCUCCAAAGCUUUUGAUAAUUUCGGAGCGGUUCGGCUUUUUCCGGAAUUAUGUCGCCAAAUAUUUAUUCAAAUUUAUUUUCUUUUAAUUUUUUAAAUAAAAUACAGCGUGUUGCAUAUAAGAAACUUUAUUUUUUAUAAGGAUAUGUAUGAAAUACCUACGAAACAUUGGAAACCGACGUUAUGCCACGAUCCAUGAUGAUUUUUGUAGUUCGCACAGUUUUUUUUUAAGUUUUUAAUGCCACUGUUUCACAAUUAUCUCGGGUUUGAGUAAAUAAAAUUUAAAUUAAACUCACAAGAUAGCAAUAAUUACUUUGAAAUUGGAUGCUGUAAACACUUUUCGACAUUUUUUUCAAUGAGGGCAGUUUAAAUUUUGAAAGAUUCUAUAAUUUUUGAAGAUUCUGACUUUGGCAAGUGAAAUUAUUUCUGUUCUUGUUUACGGUUGUUCUUAGCAACCGCUAGAGCAGCGCCAGAUCCCGUACAACGUAUGCACCCCAAAACAAUUAAGUUUUGGCGGCAAGCCGAGCAUUCCAAUCACUUAUUUACUUUUCACUUAUUUACAGGGUAUUUUUGAGGUUAUGCUGAAUUAAUUGAAUUGCUACUGUUGAUGGAUUAUUUUAAAAACUCAAUAAGAAAAAAUCCUAUUUGUAUCAGACUUUCUGUCAAACAUUGUAUGUUACCAUUUCAACCGAUGCUCUUCAUAUAGAUAUUGUAUAAAUAAAAAUAAGAAAUUAGGUAUUUUAUAUGUACAUUUUAGUCCAAUUCAACAUAAUAAAAAAAAACGUAUAUGCACGUAAAUACGAAUAAGUAAACCAUAAAACUGCUUUUUUUUAAUUCUCCAUUGUCUGUUAUAGUACACAGGGAAAUACUAAAAGGACAAAAUUUAAAAAAACGAUUUCAUGGCUUACUUAAUUAUAUUUAUUAUCAUAUUGAACAGAAAUUUAUAUUUUUGAUUAAAAAAUAUCACCGCAGUGGCCAUUCAUAGAAUUUACAUUCUCAGGGUUUUCCUCAAAUUUUCCAAAUAUAAUAAGUGCCAUAUGGUCGAAAAAAUCGCUCACAUGCAAACCCCAGAGGCUAAAAAGUAAUUUCAAAGGGUACUAUGAUGCAUUUUUUUUUCGA